AUGCCUUACGACCAUUUCCGACAUGCUGCUGUCUCCCUCGAACAACAUAUCGCCUUUGGAGAACAACCACACUGUCCCAUUGCAACGCCAGUCAAAGCAAAAAUGUUUGUACCAACGCAUACAUCAACACCAGCAUCGGGUCAGCCAGGACGUUUACCAUGGGAACUUCAGAAGACGAAUGCAGUCAGAUAUCCGAUGCCAACCAUUAUUGGAUUCGAUGAAGAAGAACUGAGCCUUGGUACCUCGCCCGAGUCGGAACCACGUCCGGCAUCAGUGCCACUUGUCAAAAGAUCCCUAUUCCGAUCUGAAAUUCCAACACGUCCAAAAACUGCGGAGCCGGUUAUAAUUCGAAAGGCUGGCAACCAACCUGGCUCACUAUCAGUAGCACAAACGAAAUAUGAAGCUGACUCUGGCAAAGACACCGCGAUGUGCGAGACCAACUCAAUCGUGGCUCAAUCGAAUCAAGGUCCCUCGCGACGACUAGUGGAAUGGAUUAUAAUCACUUUAAUGACCUGUAAAUAG